CUCUCUCUCUCUUGAAAGGCAAAAGGUAAAAUAAUUUAUUAAUAUUGAGUACCAGGGGUACUCAACCCAUAUAUUAACCCUACAUUAUGAGGGGUUAUGAGGGGACAGUAAAAACAAAAUGCUCUUAAUUCUUGCAACAAAACUUGGGGUUAAGUAACCAGUUUGAAAGAUAAGAAUGGAUGCUUUCACUCCUAUUCUUAAGCCAGUGAAAAUAUUGAACUUGAAUAAGUCAACCUUCAGUACCCUUCUCUCGCUCUCCCGAACCAUCCCCAUCCUUGGUAAACUUCAGCCAGUAGCCGCACCACCAUCCGCCAGCGAUGGAGCUUCCCAUGCCCCAAAACAACUUCCUCACCGAUCCAUCACUCCUCCCUCGUCCCUCGGAUCCUGUUCUUCCUCAUGCAUCCUCGGCUUUUUCUCUCUCUCAUCUCCCGGAUCUUCAUCCUUGAACAACUGGCAACCUUCUUUUGAAGCCACCGCCGGUGCUCAUCUGUCAAAGAAAAUUGCGAGUGAUCUUGGCUUCAAACUGCCUUCUCGAACCGUUCCAGUAGUCCAGAACCAACCAUACCGGCGAGUGAGCAGCAGGAUGAGCGAGAGUUCAAUUAGAUCUACCAGCCGGCGACGGAGGUGAGGUGCACGCGAAGCUCCAACGAUUCGGCAAAGUUUUAAUUUCCUAUCGACUGGUUUAGAUUUGCAGAUCUGUACUACUACGGAGCACGAAUGGAGUGACGAGAGGCUAAUGUCGACACAGAUUGAAGGCCCAUAUGCAUUUCACAGAUUCAAGAUCGGAGGGGCCUAAAUGCAUUGCAGACUCUGGUAAAGGAGAAACAGAUUUAAAAAGCCCAAAAACCGUGAAUCCAAAAGGCCCGAAGAGUUGAUUUUCUGGAAUGUUCUUUAGGGUUUCUGUGUUUGGAUAUAAAUAGAGGGCUUUAGGUUAGAAACUGAGGGGAGGAAGGUCUCGGUUUUGGUUUUGGGUGUGGAGAACGGCGGCAAGAAAGGAGAGGAAUUUUGCUAGAAAGAGUCGGUGAUUUGGGAGAAGAUUUGAGUCUACUUUGUAGGUAAUUUUCUAAACAAAGGAGUUUUUCUGGGAACGGUGGUGAAGGGAACGAUGGGAGCCUGGUCUCGUGGGUGGGAUCCCUCCCAUCAGAUUUGGAUCUGCUUUUCCUAGAAGAAUUCUACCGUGGGUGUUGCUUUGUUUGUUGAUUUCUUUCUCUUUGUAUUUUUCAUUUAAUGUUCAAGAUUGUAUGUAUUUCUUGAGAAAUGAAUGAAAGAUCAUAGAUUUG